GCACAGAGUGAGACAGGAAUUGUCAUUAAUCUGCUGAUCAAUCUCCUACCGCGUGCACUUGGUGGUGGUGGGGGUGUAGCGGGAAAAGGUCAGCAAAUCGACAAAUGGGCUGUCAUAGGCGUGUGUAUAGUUCUGGAAACUAUCACAUACCGAUUACUGAAGUUCUUUUUGCCUGAUCCGGGCAUGGUGCACCGGCUGUUCUCUAUGCUGACCAAGAUUUUGGGCCAGACGUCGAGCUACAAGAUGUAUCAGCUGGCGGAAACAUGCCUGCUGAAGCUCAGUCUGAGUUGUAAAAGACACCAUCUUCUGCACUUUCUGAGUCAUCUGGACACCUCCUCCAAGGCAAAUGAGAGUAUGAUGCAAUUACCAGUCUGCGUGCGGCGUUCAGUGGUGCUAAUGUAUUCUCGAAUGCUCAGCUUCCCUUCAACUAUGCUGUGUGAACAAGGGCCGCUCAAUGCCACGG